AUGUCGACGCACCGAGCAGCAUUAUCUCUCUACCGCCGCUCCCUCAAGCUGGCGCUGGACUGGGCGGUCCAACGUCAAUUGUGGCGAGGCCAGGCGCUUUACAUUCGAUCUCUCUUCGAAGCCAAUCGGAACGUUUCGGACCCAAGACAGCAGAGGGCCCUGCUAUCGGAGACUGAGAAGUUGCUGGACAGCUGGAAGCACCCGGAUCCAUACAUUCCGCCAACUGCUCCAGGAGGCUCCAAAUAUGAGCGAAACAUGCCAUCGCCAGUUCUCGACCCGCCUGAGAACACGACCAACAGGCACUAA